UAAUUUACCGUUGGUGCUAUAUCCGUUUUUUCGGACUCGCAGUGAAACGUCCGUCGGUGUUAUUUUUAGCAGAACACCCAGUUAAACCACGAAAUGUUGGACGGUUCUUUGACUCCGGGCGAUGAAACGAACAUCGGCAACGCCGAGAACAACAACAACAACCACCUGAUGGUGAAGUUGUUGUGCGGCGGCGAUGCGUUUCUCACCGGGAACAAAGCGAGGCAGCCGAUGCUGCUCAAGAAAGGAGGGAAGAAGCUGCGGACAACGACUGCGGCGACGACGCAGCAGCUCAACCAUCAGCACCAGAAACACGCGAGAAUCACUCCGAUCAUCCGUCUGUUCGACCACAACAACAACACGACCGGUCUGACUUCUAACAAAGCCGCAAGUCAGUCCGGAACCGAACCUGCUGCUGUAACACAGACGGUUCUGAGCCUGCAUCCUCUCAAACAGGGCGCCAGGAAAGACGUGCUGAAAUCCAAAGGUGGCAGAUUGGAUCGCGGGCCCGGACAGACAGGAGGACACACCAUCCACAACCUUCCCAGACACGACCACCUGGCGUCCCAAAAUGUCAACAACCAUGGCCACAAGCCCAAGACUGCGAGCCAAACGCCCGGUGCUCCUCGCGCAAAGAAGCGUCACGACCACCACCACAGCAGCCCCAACAAGACGUGCUCUCCUCACCAGCCACCAUCACAAGAGCAGAAGAGGCCUCUCCACGCCUCCAACAACGUGAAGACUGUGAGCGCGCCACCGCCCGCUGAAACCACCACAGAAUACCUCAAAGACGGCGAGAAAGUCUACGCGGGAGCUAAAUUCAGCGAGCCACCGUCACCCAGUGUCUUACCCAAACCGCCCAGCCACUGGGUCGGAGAGAACCGGCCUCACCACGGUCACCAGAGCCGAGAGCAAAUGGCCGUUCAGUUAAAGUCACUGCUGAAAGUUCAAGAUGUGCCGUGACGGCGCCCUGGUGCGCGCCUAAUCUGACCCAACAGCAAGAAAAGGGAAAUGCCAACAAUCAGAAAAAUUAUAAUCCCACAAAUGGAAUUUGACCUUUAACACACUGCAAUACCACGGAGGGAGUUUUUUUUUCUUCUCUUAAUCAACAUUAGUACAAUUUCAACGUUACGCCCACGCGUUUCCUGCAUGUGUGAACAUUCCGGUGACAUCAUGCUGUGUCAGGAGAUACAGAUGUUUACUGUUACCGAUGAUACAGACUUUAUUCUUUUGGCAUUGUGUAGAAUUUUUGACCAGUAUUGGACACAAUAUACCGAUGUGUAUCGUAUCAGCUUGUGACUGACAUGCUGUGUAUGUCAGUGUUUAAUCAAAUAUUCUUCUUCCGGGGUUUUUUUUUGGUCUCCAGCAGCAACGUGAUCGGUGUUUACGUUCUGCAGAAGAAGAAAAACCUGACGACGACGGCACUUUGUUAGCGUGGACGCGUUUGAAGAGGCAGCAUUUGUGCGAUUGACUUUUUACUGAGCGUUUUUUUUUUAAAUAUAUCAUAUCUGUGCGU